UUAAAGAGUACACAAAUAUUUUAUAACUCGACCUCGACUUUUAUGCUUGCCUAUUACAGUUUUACCGCAUGCCUAUUCAUUUACAAGGCUUUAUUUACUAACUAAUAUUGUUUUAAAAAUGACAGUGGACAUAACGCUACUUUACUUUGAACAGUAGGCUAAUUCAAAGAAAAACGGAAGUUGCCUGUCUGCCACCAGUGUCGUGGAGAAGUACAGUAACCGCAAGCUACCUGAGCAUAUUGAGGAGGAAGUCAUUCUGCACGGGCAGUAUGCCCCCAUUACCAGGCGCUGAGUUGGUUCGUACACCGGUUCAUCUGUACCGUUACCUUCUUAGAUGUUGCAAGCAAUUGCCAACCCGUGCAAUGCAGCAACAUUAUCAACAUGCUAUAAGACAGGGUUACAAUAGUCACACAGAUGAAGACGAUCCUGAGAGGAUUCAACUGAUCAUACAAAGAGCUAUAUCAGAUGCAGAUUGGAUUCUCGAUAAAUAUAAUAAGAAAUGAGAUGUGUGAAAUAAGAGGACAAGACUGCUGACUCUAUUGGACUUCCAUGUGGAACAAGCCUUGAUCAAAACAGGAUUUUGCUUGUUCUGCCAUGCAAGAAACAUCCCAGGGACAGAUACAUCAAUCAAUGUAGCAAUAAGAGAAGUGAUGUUUACCAACAUUUUUACUGAGGGACCAAUGAACAGUCCUCAUUUGUGUUUUAGUGCUGCACUACACACCUGAUUCACCUAGUCAAGUGGUUUGAUUUGUUUAUUCAGAUAUGUUAGUGCAGGGCUUGAACCUAAAUGUGGUCUGUAUGGUAGUCCCGAAGUAGAGGAUUGGGAAACACAGACAAAAGUGUAGUCCUCACUUCUAGUCCUCAAAGCAAGAUUUGCACAUGCUGUCCACUUACGUUGAUCUAAUGUGUAUUUAUUGUUACGACAAAAAUAUGUUUGUAUAUCCGGCAAUGUUACAAUAGAGUAGCAGGAUGAGAGUUAUGUUGAGUCUGUAUUUAUCGUAUGUAAACCAUAACGCUAUCUACGUUUCGAUCAAAUUGGCGUAAGAUUUUCAUGCGAAUAUUCUAAAAUCUGCAUUUAUUUUCCAUUUUUCCACCAAAUUUACUUGUUGAGGAUACAAAUCAAUGUACUUUUUUGCUUAGGUUUUCAUGUACCAAAUAAAAAUAUACAUUUUUA